AUGACCACCACUCCCUCAACGGAAGGUCUCAGCGACUUUACAUCGCGGUUGCUGUUCUUCAGCAACGAAUUUCCCAAUGACGACCUUCGAGAUCUGUUUCGCCGCCUUCACACCCAUAGCAAAGGUGUGAGGUUUCGCCUGCUUGCUACCUUCCUGGAUGCUUGUAGCGAUGCGGUCCACGAUGAAGUCGCAGCGUUGCCUUUUCACUUGAAGAAUCUCGUCCCGUCCUUCAAGUCUAUAUUGUCACUUGCAGAUGGCCCCGACUUCAGACAAGGUCCCGUCGGCGGAGCGCUGGAGAGUGCCCUGCUCUGUGUCCUGGAGAUUGGCAUGUUCAUUGGUCACCAUGAAGCCGAUAACCUGCCGCUCGACCUACCCAGUACCAGAACGACACUCUCUGGCCUUAGUAUCGGGCUAUUUGCCGCCGCGGCGAUCUCUGUUUCCGAUUCCUUGGCGGAUGUUGCCAGCAACGGUGUUGAAAGCGUGAGGGUAGCCUUCAGACUGGGCAUCCACGUCGAUGGCGUGUCUGGAAGACUUGAGUCGCGCGACGAGGAUGGAACCUAUGGCAGCUGGGCCUAUGUGCUCACUGGCCUGACCAUCGCAAAGGUGCAGGAGGAGCUUGACCGCUACAACACGGAAUCGUCAAACCCCACGCCGACAAAAGUCUUCAUCAGUGCGUCGGACAAAACGUCCAUCAGCGUCACAGGCCCCCCGUCGCGCCUGAAAAACGCGUUCAGGCACUCUCAAACUCUGCGCUAUUCGAAGCAUCUCCCGAUGCCGGUCUACAACGGACUGUGCCAUGCACCACACCUAUAUACGACUGAAGAUGUCCGCACCAUCGUCCACGGAUCUGUACCGAGGUGCAAUCACUCUCUUUCCAUCCGGCUGCCACUGCUUUCGCCGCAGACGGGCAAACCAUAUCUCGCCCGCAAUGCCGGCGAGCUAUUUCAAGAAAUUGCCACGGACAUUUUGACGGGUGGCAUUUUCCUCGACAAUCUGAGCAGCGGAAUACUGGACUCGAUAUCCGAGUGUGGGUCGGCAGAGUGUGAAACAUUCCUCUUUCGCUCUUCUCUCGUUUCCAAGAGCAUAUUAGAAACCGUGGCUGAGGGCCUUGGCCAAGUCUCGACGAAGAAUGUAGACUUUGUGGACUGGUCUUUUGGUAAAGUCGCGCCCAGCGCACCACGAACUGUUGCUCAGUCAGCGCUCGCCAUCGUUGGCAUGUCUUGCAGACUCCCCGGCGGCGCCAAUGAUUGCAAGCUUUUCUGGGACCUCUUGAAGGAGGGAAGAGACACUCACAUGGAAGUUCCGGCCGACAGGUUCGAUCUACAAGCGCACUUCGAUCCGACCGGCCAGGUCCCCAAUUCGACGCCCACACCUUUUGGAAACUUUAUUGACCAGCCGGGAAUGUUUGACGCGGCAUUCUUCAACAUGUCGCCAAGAGAGGCAGAGCAAACCGACCCUAUGCAUCGACUGGCCCUUGUGACUGCCUACGAGGCCCUUGAAAUGUCGGGUUAUGCGCCCAACAGAACGCCAUCGACGACACUCGAGCGAGUUGGCACAUACUACGGCCAGGCAAGCGACGAUUGGCGCGAGCUGAACGCAGCGCAGAACAUCGGGACGCACGCAGUGCCUGGUGGCGAGAGAGCUUUUGCCAACGGACGCAUCAAUUAUUUCUUCAAAUUCGGCGGUCCAAGCUUCAAUAUCGACACCGCAUGCUCUAGCGGGCUCGCUGCUGUCAAUGCCGCAUGCUCGGCGCUUUGGGCUGGCGAAGCGGACACUGUUAUCGCGGGCGGCCUCAGCGUCAUCACAAACCCCGACAACUACGCCAUGCUAGGUAAUGGCCAUUUUCUGUCCAGAACGGGCCAAUGCAAAGUGUGGGACGAGGGCGCUGACGGGUAUUGCCGGGCUGAUGGCAUUGGCUCCGUUGUGAUCAAGCGCCUGGAGGACGCAGUGGCGGACAACGACAACAUCCUAGCCACCGUCCUCGCCGGUGCAACAAACCAUUCUGCAUAUGCCGCCUCCAUUACACAGCCUCACGCUGGCGCUCAAAAGAGCAAUUACGCCCAAGUAACUCAAGCUGCAGGUAUCAAUCCUCUCGACGUGGGCUACGUCGAGCUUCACGGUACGGGAACCCAAGUCGGUGACGCGGUCGAGUCCGAGUCGGUCUGCGACUUCUUUGCUCCCCUCUCGCCACGUCGCCGCGCCGAUCAACCUCUACAUCUCGGGGCAGUGAAAUCGAACAUAGGACACGGUGAAGCCGCUGCAGGCAUUGCCUCGUUGCUCAAGGUGCUGCUGGUCUUCCAGAACAAUGAGAUCCCGCCGCAUGUGGGGAUCAAGACGGCCAUCAACCCCAUCAUCCCGCUGGAUCUGGCAAAGCGACAUGCUGGCCUGGCUAUGGAUCUGCGGCCCUGGCCAAAGCAAACUGGAAAGACUCGAUAUGCAGUCGUGAACAGUUUCGGUGCCCACGGUGGCAAUACCACGCUGAUGCUCGGAGACGCCCCUGAAAGGAAGCUAUACGGCUCGGACCCCAGACCGAGCCAUCCGGUGGUAAUUUCGGCCAAGAGUAAGAACUCACUCAAAGACAAUGUUGCGGCCCUCAUAGAGUAUCUCGACAGGCGUCCAGAAACCGAUCUGGGUGACCUGUCGUACACGACCACUGCACGGCGAAUCCACCACAGCUCCAGAGUCGCAGUCUCAGCCUCUAGCAUCCCUCAGUUGCGAAAGGCCCUGGAAUCAACCCUGCCCACAAUUGGAGAUAUCCGCCCCGUUUCGGCAACCGCGCCGUCGGUCGCAUUUUCUUUCACCGGGCAAGGCGCAUUUUAUGUUGGAAUCGGCGCAGCAUUGUUCAGAUCAUUCCCGUACUACCGCCAACAGAUCGCCCACCUCGAUCACCUGGUACAGCUAUUCGGCUUCCCAUCAGUCAUUCCGCUCAUAGAGGGUGUCCAUGGGGAUGAAGCUGUCUCGCCUCUCACAACGCAGCUCACCAUCGUCGUCACUCAGAUUGCCCUCGCCGAAUUCUGGUCAUUCCUCGGAGUCAAGCCCAGCGCUGUCGUUGGUCACAGCCUGGGUGAGUAUGCGGCCUUGGUCGUGGCCGGUGUCAUAUCGGCAGCCGAUGCCAUCCUUCUCGUGGGGAAGCGUGCAGAGCUCGUCGUAUCCAACUGCGAAGAGGGCAGUCGGGUCAUGCUCGCGGUACGCGCAAGCGUCGACAAGAUCAAGAGCAUUGCUGCAAAUGGAACCUAUCAGGUGUCGUGCAUGAAUGGAACCAACGACACUGUCUUGGGAGGUUCUCGAGGAGAAAUUGACGAGACGCGAAAGAUGCUGGAGCGCGAGGGCGUCAAGUGCACGCUCCUUGACGUUCCUUUUGCAUUCCACACUAGUCAGAUGGAUCCCAUGCUGGCGCCUUUCGAGCAGCUGGCAAAGCACGUCACGUACAAAACCCCAAGGAUUCCUAUUCUCUCCCCGCUCCUCAGUACCUGUGUGUUUGAUGGAAAGACCAUCAACGAGAAGUACUUGAGCAGAGCGGCCCGAGAACCUGUCAAUUUCGUCGAUGCCCUCGAGGCUGCUCAGGAGUUCGGCAUCAUCGAUGAGAAGACCAUCUGGAUCGAAGUUGGGCCACAUCCCGUGUGCGCCUCUCUGAUCCGGGGGCACAUUGCGGAUGCGCAGACAACUGCAUCGCUCCGUCGCGAUGAAGACAGCUUUGCGACUCUGUCGAAUACCCUGGCGUCACUUCACCGUGCUGGCAUCGCUGUCAAUUGGAACGAGUACCACCGCCCUUAUGAACGCUGCCACACCCUCCUGCACCUCGAUGCCUACAAGUGGAAUGAGAAGAACUACUGGAUACAGUACGAGGGUACGUGGACUCUGGAUAAGGCCUACCCGAAUGGCAACCCGAGCAAGAAGCCGACGGCACAAAGCGGCUCUGCACUGCGCACUUCCUCCAUGCAGCAGAUAGUGUCGGAGGAAAUUACAGAGAACGCGGGUAAGCUGGUCGUUGUCUCGGACAUGAUGCACCCAGAGCUACUGAGCGCCUUGGAUGGCCACCACAUGAAUGGACAUGGCGUGGCGACUUCGUCGAUCUGGGCUGACAUGGCUCUGACCGUCGGUGAAUACCUGUACAAGCGCAUGGUGCCAGUUUCAACAGGGGCCGUGCCCAUGAACGUUUCCGAGAUGCUAGUAGAGCACGCUCAGAUUGUAAGGUCGAACCGCGAGGGCGCGCAACUUCUGCAAGUUGAAGCCGAGAUGGACCUCGAGACUCUCACCACGGCCGUGCAAUGGUACAAUGUGGAUGACAAAGGCACUCGCUUCGAAGAACCGUAUGCUACUGCGACAGUAAGAUACGAAGACACUAGCGACUGGGCUACCGAGUUCGGCAGGAUGUCGUGGCUCGUUAACAGUCGCGUGAACGCGCUGGCGGCCAUGGUUCCCGGAGGCUCCGCCAGCAAGGUUGGACGUGGGCUGGCCUACACUCUUUUCGGCAAUGUGGUGGACUACUCGGAAAAGUACCGCGGCAUGCAGUCUGUCGUGAUCCACGAGCUGGAAGCCUACGCGGAUGUGGCAUUGGCACCGGACAGGCAUGGGACCUGGCACACGCCGCCUCAUUGGAUCGACAGUCUCUUCCACGUCGGUGGGUUCGUCAUGAACGGCAGCGAAGCCUCCGACACCAAAGACCACUUCUACGUCACCAACGGCUGGGACAGCUGCCGCAUGGCAAAGCCGGCAAUUGCGGGUGGCAGCUAUCAAAGCUACGUCCGCAUGUCGCCAACAGGCGAGGCCAACAUGUUCUCCGGUGACGUCUAUGUCCUGCAAGACGGGGCAAUUGUGGGCAUGAUGGGGGGCAUGAGGUUCCGACGUGUCCACCGCAUCCUGAUGGACAAGUUCUUCUCGCCGCCAGAUGGUGCAGCGGGAAGUGCCACAACAGCCACGACAUCUUCGACAAAGGCCGCCAAGCCGAAAGCGGCGGCGCCCAAGUCCAAGUCCAAGGCUGCAUCAUCGCCUGCACAGGUCAAAAGCACGGCACAGGUAACGAAGCCGACCAUGAAUCAAGAUGAAGAGACCUCAGCGAGCGAUAAGAAUGAAGUGGAAGCAGGUUUGGUCGCCAACCACGGAAGCACCGUCGUCGAAGUGGCAGGAGGCAUCGUGGGCGACGCGCUGAAGCUUAUCGCCAAAGAGACGGGCCUCGAGCUAUCUGACCUGACCGACGAGGCUACUUUUGUGGAGCUGGGCGUCGACUCACUCACUUCGCUGGUGUUGGCCGAGAAGUUCAAGAAAGAGCUCUCGAUUGAGAUCAAGAGCUCGCUCUUCCUGGAAUGUCUCAAUGUCGGGGACCUCAAGGCGUGGAUGGAGCAGAAUGUCUGA